UGAGAGGAAAGGCAUCAAAGGUACACAUGAUGGACCCCCAUUUUGUUCACUCAUUUGAUCAAAAGACAAAGAACAAUCCUCACCCACUCUCUCCCUCAUCUCUGCGACCAGCACACCCAAGCAAGAGCCAAUAAAAUUCUCCAUCCUCCUCCAUUGUUGAAGAGAACUCUACAAGAAAGAAUCCCAAGAAAAGGAGCUAAAAGUGUUAAAAGUGUGAAAAUUAAGCUUCGCCGGAGUUUCGCCGGAGUUGGUCAAAGUUUGCCGGAAUUAGUCAAAGUUCAACCGGGGAGCGUAGAACGUGCUUAAGCUCACUUAAGUUUCAGGUAGAACUUGAAGGUUGCUACUAUCGCCCUAUUGUUUCGGGAAGAUCAAGGGAAGAAGACGUGACGCCUUGUAUAGUAUGGAUGUGUUGGACUGUGGUUGACUAUUCGUACUGUACGACGGAUUGUUGACGUGUCCGGAUAGGUCCGGGGUGUGACAGCUUCAACUUAAUUCCCUCAGCAUCCUAGCAGUCCAACAAUCAGCUUUCUCCCAAACUUCAGGAUCCAGGUUAAAGCCAGGGAAUGAGGCUGAUGUAGAGGCAAUUGAAGUCGACAUUGGUUGUAAACUUCAAAAAGUGUUCUGGUUGCCGAAUUUCUAUUGUCUCGCACCUCAUGUUAAAAUAGCUAGCUCAAAGGCAUACCAAAAUGGAAUGAUAUAUGGAAUUGAUGCAGCAUCUGGAGCUGCAGUGUUAGCUUUGGACAUCUCAUCAGGAGAUCACGUCCUUGAUCUUUGUGCUGCUCCUGGUGCUAAACUAUGUAUGAUAUUGGAUAGUCUUGGAAGCUCUGGUUCUGUGUCCGGUGUAGAUAUUGCCAAACACCGCCUAGCAGCCUGUAGAAGCAUGCUACUAAAGUAUGGAUUGGGUGAUCGUUGUCGUCUAUUUGUUGCUGAUGGAACCACAUUUUCACUUCUCCCUGUUAAAACCAUACCGGUUUCAGAAUCACAAAAUCAAUUGGAAGUAUACAAGGAGUGGAAAUCCCGGAGGCCAUGGAAGGAAAGGAGAAGGGAGGCUUUAGCAAGGGAAAAGGGAUAUUCAAAUUUUUCUUCACCAACUCAAGAACCAGAGCUUCUAUUUUAUGGGAAAAAAUCUGGGGUAGUUGGGCUAACAAGAAAUACACUGUAUCAAAGGGUGCAUUGUGGUAAUGUGUAUGAAUUUGGCUAUGAUAAGGCAGGUUCUUGUGGAUGCAGAGUGCACCCAUGAUGGUUCGAUCAAACAUAUCCAAAAGUUCGAACAGUGGGGCUGGACAACCCUCCAGCGCCGUGUAUUGGAUGCAGAGAGGACUGAUGACCUGCCCAUCCUUCAGCUUAAACUUUUAACAAAUGGGUUCAAGUUGCUAAAAGUGGGAGGAUUUCUUGUAUACAGCACUUGCAGUUUAACUGAUGCACAAAAUGAAGAUGUAGUGGAUAAAUUCCUUUCUGAGAACUCUUCUGCAGAGUUAGUUGAGAUUGAUGGUGCAAGAAACUGGCCCUGUAAGGAUGGACGGAUACCCAAAACUAUCCGAUUUGAUCCUUUGAUAUCUGGCACAAGUGGUCUGUUUAUUGCAAAGUUCACAAAAGUAGCGCUGUGGUGCGGAGUUCACUGAUUGAUGCUUCCAGCCUUUCAAGAGCUGAUGCAAGUGUAAUGCUUGGAUUUCAGCCGAAAGAAAUCUGAGCCUCAAAGCAGCCACACAAUAACCAGAGUUACCCGUGUGACAUAUAAAGCUUAUAUAUGUUUUUAGUCUACUCCCAUAUACAGUGUUUUCUAUUUUAGGUUGUCGCAAGUUAUUUAUUUGGUUUUUUCAUCCUUGGUAAUUUUAUGUUGGUUUUGUUAUUUACUUUGACGAUCCUAAGAAUAUCUGUUGAUAGGGUUGGACCAAUCUGGUUCUAAUCCCCUAACCGGCUGGUCCUUAGGAAUGCUUUAUAGGAACAGGGAUCUAUAAUUCCGGUUCUAGGUCCAGUCAACUGACCUAUUCUACUCCAGUCCUGAAUUAUAAUUAAAAAAAAAACCCACUCC